AUGCUGAUGCCAGCUUACUUCCUGCUCUUCCUACUGCUACUCCUGGGAGGGCCCAGGACAGGCCUCUCCCACAAGUUCUACAAAGCUGGGCCGGUCUUCAGCUGCCUCAACACAGCCUUGUCUGAGAUCAAGAAGAAUCAACUGGAGGAUGAGAGCCUGCUGAGCAAGAGGGCCUUCUACCCCCUGCCCAGUCAAGAUCCAUCUUCAGGAGAGAAGGAGGAGGAAAGGCAAGACAGGGCCAAAAGGACUUUCCUUGGCUCUGGGAGUGGGGGCGGAGCUGGAAAUGCCAGGUACAAGUACACAGCCCAGGCACAGCACAAAGGGAAGCUGUCCCAGGACAAGGCCAAAAGCGACCGUCGCACCAAGUUCACCCUGUCCCUCGACGUACCCACUAACAUCAUGAACAUCCUCUUUGACAUUGCCAAGGCCAAGAACUUGAGGGCUAAGGCUGCUGCCAAUGCCCACCUGAUGGCUCAGAUUGGGAGGAAGAAGUAG